GUUCUGUGUGUCAUGAUACUGAAAUUGUCCCUACCAACAAUAUAUGUAACAGACAAAACAUACGUGAUCCAGAUGUGAAAAUGGAGUUUACUUAUACAAAAAUAUUUUGGAUAUUAUUAUUCCUUAAUAGUGUAUCUGUUCUCAGUGCAGAUAUAAACAGGAAAUACCUUACAUUCAAUAUAGAAUAUCCAAAGGAAAUACUCAAUAUGCCACUACCAUUAAACGAUAUGACGUACCAGCUUACAUUUAACUCUGCAGUAUAUGGCAUUAAUAUAGCACAUGAUAGAGGCGAUCAAAUCCCACCCGAGUGUUGCUGGCGAGUAUGUGCCCAGAACUCUUACUGCAUAGACACCUGCAGCGAAUCAGGGUCUGAAACCAACAUCACACUGACUGGAUAUAAGUUGAACAUUACAUCGCUAUUGGAUAGUAAGUUACACUAUUCUAAUUGUCGUGGCAAGUGUGCGUAUACAGGUGAUAAGCUAUUACUGUGAUAUACAGACGGUGGAGACGGACGGGAGGGUAGAAAAGCUGUACACACCUGGUGAAGAGGCGUAUGUCAGAUGUGACCAUUUCAGUGAAGGGGUAGGAUGUAAUGUGGUGACGUGUCAACCAAAUGGGUCCUGGUCAAUUCACAAAGGAUGUUAUCCUCGUCACGAUGUGAGUGUAAGAUGUUCUACUGACACCAGUACAGAAACUGCAUCGGUGAUCCCACCGCCUUCACCAGUAUCCACGCACAUAUCAAGUAUAGGUACGUUCGCCACUACCAGUACGCCUGGCUCGACAUUCUCAUCUCAUCCGGACCAGACGAUAACAGGAUCAAUUCCUCUAUCAUUUUCAUCAAUUUCAUCGUUUUCUGUUGUCAGUGAUAUGUCAACAAGGGUAGAUGUAAUCAAUAUGCCAAUUGCAGGGCGAACAUUUUCGACAAUUUUACCUAGUUCUAUACAUAUGGGUUCAUUAAUAGAUAUAUCAGUGUCUUCAAAGCUGCUUCCAAACUCAAGUCACCCUUCGGAGAGUAAGAUGAUUUUAAAUAGCGAACAUACGACAACGGUGUUAUCCAAUGAAAAUAAUAUCAAAAGUAUAAGUCCAACACGCUCCAGUUUCUACCAAUCAGAAAGCUUCUCACAUCCGACCAAUGACAGUGCCUUAAUCUAUAGUGUGAUCACGCCUUCCGUCAAUGGGUUCAGCUCUUCUUAUAUAACAAAAGUACCUGUGUUCCACACCGACUAUAAUAUGGAUGCAGUAGACACUAAAGAUAAGCCAGAUUCUAAGGUGGCGCUUGGUAUUGUAAUCGGAGUGUUUGUCAUCAUUGUGGCGGUGUUACUGGCCAUGAUAUUCAGGGUUGUUUUUCGAUCCGCUAUGGAGACCAAAGUCGAGGACAUGCCUAGGGCAACAGAAAACGAGAGGGGACUUUAUACAUAUCGACCCUGUAGAGAUAGGAAAUCCACUGUUUCUCAAUAUCAACGGCGACUUCUCCGAGUCCACCACAGACGACGAUGUGUCUUGCAAAAGUGACGUGUCAUUAAAAUCAAAAUCGGAGAUGUCUGUUCCACGAAAAAGCCGACAAAACACCACUUGUGAGACAGAUAUCCACCACACUACGUUCACCAAUGACACCGGCUGCUUCAAGACGGCACGACUCGGUAGAGCCAAAGCAGUAAAAGACAAUUUUGGUGCCGCGCACAAUAUUGACGGCGAUAUAUAUGCUGUAAGCUAUAAGCAGAAGAAAGCUAGUCGUCGAUGAACUUUGUGUUCAGUGGAAAGUGUCCGCAUAUGUUUAUUAUUUUAUAAAUUAUGUAUUCAUAGAUGUGGUACCGGUAUUGGUUAAAACUGAAGUCGCAUAUCAUUCUGUCUUUUCGAAAUAUAUUCCAAAGUUCACAUCAAUCGCAUAAAUCAGAAACAAACGCUUAGGUGAAUACAUUUUAUGACUUUUUUUCAUCCAAUAAUUUCCAGGUAUACUCAUUAAAUAAUGACAUCGUUCUAUCUCCAUUUCUUAGGCGUUAGGAAUUUUUCACAGACACCCAGGAACUGUCUAAUUCUAAGUAACAAUGUACAUGUAAAAUAAUAAAUCUGCAUUUUAGCUAUUCACACAGGUCUAACGGAAGGAAAAUCUGUAUCGGAUCCGGGUUAAGUUACAUUCUCAAAAUGAAAACAAGAAGUGGUUACAAGGAUAUCAAAUAUUCCCCAAUACAAUUAUGAUUUCAAGACUUUCCCUUCCAUAGUCUUCAUCAAUACAUAUACACAUAACAGGUCACCCCUAUUCAUUUCAAUUGGACUGAUGCCAGCUAAUCAUCAUGACUCUAUAUGGUCCUGAAUAAGUCGAAAAUGUGAAAACAUGACGGCAGAAGUGACACUGCCUCCUAACACAACAUAUUGCAUUUUAUUGUAUGACGUUUGUCUAGGUAAGCUAAACAAUCAAAGUGCAUAUGUAUAUUUGAAAAAUAAAGUGUUUUCCCUGAAAUAUGAAGAAAUAAGACAAAAGCCGAUUUUCAUCUACAAAUAAAUUUUAUUAUCACAUAUUGUGCUCUAAAUCACUUUUUGAUACAAAGAUAUCAUACAUCAUCCCUAGAUAGGAUUUUGCUAAUCACUGGAUUUUUUUUGUGAUAGUAUGUAUAGUUUUUUUUGUUAUUUUGCUUUAAAUGACAAAUUAAUAAUUAAGAUUAUUAAAAUAAACAAUAACAAAUGCAAUGGAAUAACUACUUAUUAAUAUCCAAUGUUGUUAUGGACCUUUUGACUCCCUUGUGAAUUUGAUAUGAAAAACAAGUUUUAUUUUACUACAGGUUUAAAUCAAUCAGUAAGUUUGUAAGUAUUGGGUUUUAUAUGGCCUUCUUGCAUGUCCGUAUGGCACUGAUAAGUGUACAUUGUACUCUGUUAGUUUCAUGCAGGAUCUAUUUAUGACCUCAGACUAGAAAUGAAGGGUAUAUAUCACCAUAGCCUGUACCCUGGUUUGGACUGUGCUUAUUGAAGACUUGAAGACUAUCGACAAUGGAUUCCCCCAAUGCCAAAUCAGACAUGAGACUAAAUACUAAUAGUGGUUUCCAGCAAUGUGUAACCCAAAGGCUGCAAUAAAUGGCUUAAAUAUAUUUACUCAGUUACUAGGGAUGUUGACAUCAAGUGGCAAAUCUUAGUUUUAAAUUAAUAAUUGAUAUGGUCUGCUUAAAACUUUUAAGAGUACUCAAUUCAUUGACAUCAAGUGAUACUUAAUUUAAAUUUGUUAUAAUUAUAUUGGUAUUCAUAAUUAUAUAGCCUUUAUAUAAUUAUCAAUUAUGUGCGUUACAUUAAAAUUUAAUGGUUUAAUUCAUGGUUUUAUAUGAUCUACAUGCUUUUUCAUAUCCUUAUUACUAGUAUGCAUUGUAUGUAACAUGUACUCAUUAGCUGUAAGGCCUACAGUCAAUAAAUAGUAGAACUGAAUUAAAUUGAAUAUGAAUGGCAGAUUCUCAUUUACAAGUGUCAUUUGAAAUUUUAUGAUUAGAAUUAAAGAUUAAUGUGGUCUAAUGUACAUGAUAAGCUGAUAAUAAGUGAUGUGUAAACUUUGAUGAUCUUAAUUUAAACUUUUACAUGAUCUAAUAAUGUUAAUAUAAAUAAAUGGUCUAAUUUUACUGACCUAGGUAUAGCAAUAAUAUGUAAAUCUAAUACUUGGUGAACACAUAUAUCCAAGCUCAUACAAUAGUUUUAUCUCAAACAAUACUGAAAAAAUUCAGCAGUUUAUAGUAAUAACACAGUAAAACUGUCCAUAAUGCACUGCUGCACAGUAGAUACAGAAACUAUAUCACAAGAUAUAAAUACCUCAAAUAAGUUUUCAAGCUUUUAUAGCCCAUUAUUUUCUGGUUUAGUUGUCUGUUGUCAGUAUAAUAACCAGAUUUUUUCCCUUAAAACAAAUCGGUAAAAUAUUGCCACAUAUUAUUACCUUAUUAUGUUUAUGAUGAAUUAUUGUUUGUUUUUUAAUUAAGUUAUAGAUUGUUUAUCUUGUUUUACUGCUAAAAAUUAGCUUCAUGUUUCCUGGGGUUCAUGUAAACACAUUUUACAGGUAGAAAACGUAUUAAAGUGUUUGAGGUUUCCUGGCGUUCAUAUUCAAUGCCACUUGAUGUUUACUGUGAACAAAUCAACAUCAAAGAACUUAAUGUCAUUAUCUGAGCAGUAAUGUACAGUAUAAAAUUUUGAGCAUUCUACAAAUAACUUUGAACAUUCCACAUCAAAUAUGAAAAAAUAUAUAUAACUGAUUUCAUAAAUAUGACAAGAUGCAUGAAAUCUAUUAGUCAGAUAAAUGAUUAUAUAUUUCCAAUGCCAGAAUCUGUAGAUAUAUUGUUAUCAUAUGGUAUAUAUCAUGUGUAUGUGUUUGAAAAAUCUUAAUAAGAUUAUAAGUUACAAAAAAAAA